AUAGUUUUUUUUUAAUAUGGUCUGGCCAUCCAUGACUAUAAGAAGAGAAAGCACUAACGUAUUUGGAUCUGCAUCGUCUCCUCUCCGCUAGCUUAAUUUCUCCCUUGGGUGUUUAUUCUUGAAGACAUGGAGGUCUCCAAGAUCAAGAUGCCAGGCUUGUGCUUGCUGCUGCUCAUGCCACUCCUGUUGCUUCCUGGAUCUGAAGCAGGCGAUACUUGCAGGGUGUUGAGCAAGACAUACACUACUUUCCACUGCGCGGACAAUCCAUGCCUCGAGCACUGCCACAAGGAGGGGUUCCCUCGUGGGGAGUGUGAGUUCGUCGCCUUAGAACCUCUCGCGUUAGUCUGCUUCUGCAGGAAACCCUGCUGAUGAUGCUUGUGAAGUAAUAAUACUGUUGUGUGUUUAUAAGGAAGUGUAUAUGUCAAAC